AUGCGAAAGUCGUCUGUGGCAUCGAUACGAGGGUUUCGGACUGAAAAUUUUCUCAAAACAUCAAAUUUUGUCUUCCAGGUCUACCGCGCCGCGGGACCACACAAGAUUUCCCCUUCGAAUUGUCUUCCUUACUCUACGCGAACACUACAGCUGUCGUUUAGACUCCCCACUUUUUUUCCCUUCUUCUGGAAAAUCAGAAAUUUUUAUACGGGAAUUUUCGAAUUUUCCAGAGCCUUUGAGGCUAUUUUCAGCUCGAAAUCUCUUGAUUUCUCUGAUUUUCAGCGAAAAAAUCUUAAAAUUUCAUGA